UCAGAAUAUGAACAUGGACCCUAUAGGCAAGAAAGGAUGACUACACGAUUAUGGAAUUAUGUAUCAACCUUUUCAAAUUUAUCUGGUGGGAGACUUCAACAAAUUUAUUCCAAACUUAAACAGGAGCAACAGGUGGCAACAGGUGUGGGACCUUCCGGCAUCAAUAGUUCUGCUCCUGGGCAUCAAACAGCUGCAUUUAUGCACAGGGAUAUUGAUGUGGAUAAAUUUGAAGCUUGGAAACGAAGGAAACGAGCCGGAGCAGGGGCUGAAGUCGAUGCCUCUCUUGUUCAGUAUCCGCAUCAAAGACCUUCAAGUAAUGGCACAAGAAUACCUGACCAAAACUCGUCUGGGAUUCUUGGACCACCACCGUCGGAUAGUAAACACGCUGGUAAUGGAAGGUCUUACAGGAUGCAACAGGCUGGCUUUACUCCAAGACAAGGUUUCUCAUCUGGUGUCAAGUAAUUAUUUGGAGUGUUUGUGAUGCUCACGACUAGCUGAUUCUAGAAGGAAGCCAGUUCGUACUUAAUCAGUGUUCUCCGAACUUUUUCGCAUGUGAAAAUUUUUGUGAAAUCCUUUUCCGGAGUUUAGUUGACAUGAUGCCACUUGGAUCCAGACUGCAUUCAAUUUAACGGGUCUACGAAGAGAAAUUUUGAAGGCCCCUUAAUGCCCGGAGGUGACCUGCUGAGUGCUAUAUGUGGAAAUGUUCUACAAAACAAUUCUUUUUACAUUUUUAUUACCAUUGCUAAGUCUUUAUAAGCAUAUAGUGAAUCGUCAAAAAGAAUGCUUAUGCCUUGCAAGAAGACAUUUUGUACCGAUGCUGCAUUCGUAAAAAGUGUACAUGAUACAAUUUUGCUUAUCGAAUACCUAAUCUUAUCAAUUCAAUCGGCCUUACUGCUUAUUUUUUGCUA